UGGCUGUGAGAGGAGGAGCAGCUGGGACUGAGUCAUGGCAGGAAACAGGAGGGCGGGAGAUAGAUAUAAAGAGAGACAGCAGGCCUUGAAGUUCACAGCAGCAGUGGCAGCAGCCAGAGGAGCAGCUUGCAGCAGCGCCCAGCCCUUCAAGUCCAGACGUGCCUGGGACUACCAGCUUCUGGGUGGCCAGUGCCCAGUUCUUGCCCCAGGAUGGGGACCAUGUCCAGAGCAGCCUUGGUCUUGGCCUGCUUGGCUCUUGCUUCUGCUGCCUCUGAGGGAGCCUUCAAGGCUUCAGGGCAGAGAGAGGUGAAGCCAGAGCCCCUCUUCCAACACUUUCAUGAAGGCUACGCAGCGCCCCCUGCCCCACCACAAGCCCAGAGACUCCGCACAGACCACCUGGAAGCCUCUUUGCAUGACCCUCCCCUCUUUGAGGAGCAAAGGGAAGUGCAGCCCCUUCUGUCUCCAGAAGACGGCCCUGUCUACAAGGAAGAGUGGCCGGCUUUCCUGAGCCCUGUUGAAGACAAAGUGGGCUAUCCUGUCCCUCAAGAAGCCAUCCCCCUGCAGGAGCAGCAGCCCGCCCUCCAAGUUCCUAUUGAACAGAAGGAAAUAGGCCCUCCUGUCCAACAUCAGGAAGAGAUCGUCCAGGCCAGCCAGAAGGAGGAGCCGCCAGCCGCCCUGGGCGCCCAGCGCCCCCCGCAGCCCCGGAGUCCGCCCCUGCAGUGCCAGCAGGGCCGGAGGGGAGUCUGGGGCCACCGGCUGGACGGCUUCCCUCCUGGACGGCCUUCUCGGGACAACCUGGCCCAGAUCUGCCUUCCCGAGCGGCGGCACGUGGUGUACGGCCCCUGGAACCUGCCGCAGACCGGCUACUCGCACCUCAGUCGCCAGGGAGAGACCCUCAACUUGCUGGAGACAGGCUAUUCCCGCUGCUGCCGCUGCCGCAGCUCCACAAACCGCCUGGACUGCGCCAGGCUCGUGUGGGAGGACGCGAUGACCCGGUUCUGUGAGGCCGAGUUCUCCGUCAAGACCCGACCCCACUGGUGCUGCAAACAGCGUGGGGAGGAGCGGUUCUCUUGCUUCCAGAAGGAGGCUCCUGGCCCCCACUACCCGCCGCGGCCGUGCCCCGGCCUCCAGACGGGCAUGUCCUCGGGGCCCCAGCUGGCCUUCCCCCCGGGGCUGCCCACACCGGACAAUGUCAAAAACAUCUGCCUCCUGAGACGCCUCCGCUCCGUGCCACGCCACCUCCCGGCCACCGACCCCGUCCUGAGGCAGCUGCAGGCCCUCACCCGGCUGGAGACGGCGUUCCAGCCCUGCUGCCGCCAGGGCCACAACCACACCUGCGCACUGAAGGCCUGGGAGGAUACCCUGGAUGGAUACUGCGAGCGGGAGCUGGCUAUCAAGACCCACCCCCACCCGUGCUGCCACUACCCUCCUAGCCCUGCCCGGGAUGAGUGCUUUGCAGGCCUAGCUCCCUAUCCCAACUAUGACCGGGAUGUCUUGACCCUUGACCUCAGUCGAGUCACCCCCAACCUCAUGGGCCAUCUCUGUGGAAAUGGAAGAGUUCUCACCAAGCAUAAACAGAUCCCCGGGCUGAUCCGGAACAUGACCGUCCGCUGCUGUGAGCUGCCGUUUCCCGAGCAGGCCUGCUGUGGUGAAGAGGAGAAACUGGCCUUCAUUGAGGAUCUCUGCGGCCCCCGGAAGAACUCCUGGAAAGACCCUGCCUUCUGCUGUAGCCUGUCUCCUGGGGAUGAGCAAGCCAACUGCUUCAACACCAACUACCUGAGGAAUGUGGCUUUAGUGCCUGGAGACACUGAGGAUGCCACGGGCCAGGGCCAGGGGGAGCGGGGCCCAACUCAGGGAGCAAAUGUCAGCCCCAGCCCCAGAUCCAAGAAGAGUGAGUCACCGGGAGCCUUCAGAGCCUCAGAGGAUUAGAUGGCCCCCCUCCACCCUCCUUGCACACUCAUUAUAAUAAAUGCCUCUUGGAUUUGGCAUCCUCAUUGUCUUCAGCGCACAGACACGCCCUCAUGUACUCCCUAAGACUGGCCCAGCGCCCUGCUCCCACUGACUGAACGGAAGAUGAUCUUUAGGCGGUGGGAUCAUAGCUGAGUGGCUUGACUUCCCUUGUCAUCAUGACCUUAAUCAAACAUCUUUAAAGAACACCGCCCUGGCACCCAGCUGUUGGGAUUCAAGGUGGAGACGAUGUGGUGUGUUCUUGAUGACCGACAGCCCACCCUGACAUUUUAAUUUUGCUGCGCCUGAUUAAACGAAUCCCAAGUUGUGCCAAUGACCUACCUCCA